UCCCUCCUCCGCCCACCGAGGCGGUGCUGUCCCUGGCGGAGCGUUGGGAGCCAGGGUUCAGAGAUGGGCAGUGAGAAGGAGCAGAGUCCAGAGCCACACCUGCCUGAGGAAGGGGAAGCAGGGAAACCUUGGAGAGUGGAUUGUUCAGAGGGUUCCCGGAUCCCACCUGGGGAGGAACAUGGGCAAGAGAGCCUGUCGAAGGGGUCCCAAGGAGCACAUCCAGAAAAGCCAUGGCCGAAAGUCACUGCCCAACCUGGAGGGCCAGGGGACCCCGUUGCUCAUUCAAGGCCCGAGGCAGAUGAAAAGCCUUUUACAUGUGCACAGUGUGGCAAAGCCUUCAAUAAUACCUCCAACCUGAGGACACACCUGCGGAUCCAUACUGGUGAAAAGCCAUACAGAUGUUCAGAAUGUGGCAAGAGCUUCUCCCGAAGCUCCAACCGCAUCCGACACGAGCGGAUCCACCUGGAAGAGAAACACUACAAAUGUCCCAAGUGUCAAGAGAGCUUCCGGCGGCGCUCGGACCUCACCACACACCAGCAAGAUCACCUGGGCAAGCGGCCGUACCGCUGUGACGUUUGUGGCAAGAGCUUCAGCCAGAGUGCCGCGCUGGCCGUGCAUCACCGGACCCACCUCGAACCGGCACCUUACAUCUGCUGUGAGUGUGGGAAGAGCUUCAGCAACAGCUCCAGCUUUGGCGUGCACCAUCGCACCCACACUGGGGAGAGGCCUUAUGAGUGCGCCGAGUGUGGGCGGACCUUCAGUGAUAUCUCUAACUUUGGGGCACACCAGAGAACACACCGAGGGGAGAAGCCCUAUCGCUGCACUGUGUGUGGGAAACACUUCUCCCGAAGCUCAAACCUCAUCCGCCACCAGAAAACGCACUUGGCUGAGCAGGCUGGGAAGGAUUCUAGCUGAAGGGGAGCCCUGCUUAGAGAGUGAGGGAGAGAGAAUGUAUGACCCACCAUGAUGGAAGGCCUUUAGGAUCUGUUGUGGCCACCUUGAUUGCAAAGCAUCCACUUUGUAGAAUGUUCCCUAUUGCCUUUGAAACCAGGAUCUCCAGGAAAUCCUGAGAAGGAACUGAAUAAAAAUCCUGCCUCUUUCCAGGUGGUUUCUUGCCUUGGAAAGUCACAGGGCCCAGUCCUCACAGAGUGAAGUAGGAUAGGCUCAGAACAUACUCAUGCCACUGGGCAGUGGUCCCCUGGAUUUGGGGGAAGUGCCUGUGAGAUGGUGUCAGUGUAUGCGGGGCCUCCAAAUUAUCUAGCUUCAGGCACGCUGUGGUGGCCUUUGAGCUCCCACCUGUUGUGCCUAGUCCCAUGCCAGUUUCCAGAGCCCUAAGGGCCUCCCAAUGAAGGGCCUCUUUGGUCUGAGAUGAGGCUUGUGCAGUAGGAAUAAAAAGGAAGCCCUCAGGGAUCCACAGUCCAUGUUUAUUACCUGCUGUCUUCACCCCAACUUGCAUCUGUUUCCCCAGUGAUUCAGUAAAACACUUU